AUGUGGAAGCCCACAGUCAACUUCCUUGUUCUGCAUUAUGCAUGGAUAAUUACCUUGAGCGUUCUUAGCUUGGUUAUUAUCUAUCCUUAUGGGAACUUGAAGGCAAUAGAUGCCUUCUUCUUCGGCGCAAGCGCUUCUACAGAGUCGGGGCUCAACACUAUUGAUAUCAAAGAUCUCAAAACAUACCAGCAGGUCUAUCUCUACCUGAUUCCAAUCCUGGGCAACUUAGGGUUCGUCAAUAUCAUUGUGGUCGUCGUGCGACUUCACUGGUUUGAGAAGCACCUCCGAUCUGUCUCCUCAUCGCUUCUGAGACCCGAAGCACCCAGAGGUCGAAACCCCAGCAUCGACGUGGAAGCGGAGGCACACAAGACGCAAGGCGUACACAACAAGAGACAGCCCGAGUCUCGCUAUGAUACCACUGAAGAACACGCAAAGGAGACUGCUUUGGAUUCCGAGAACCAAAAAAACACAAAACACAAGCCGCAAAACAUCAAGCGAGAUGAUGGAGCUCAAACCGCCUCUCCACCUGCUACAAGAACUAUCCAGUUUGGGGAUGAUGUCCCGGAUUAUGAUGGACCAACUAAGGCCCUCUACAUCCCUCCUCCAUGGAAACGGAGUCCCAUUGUGGAAAUCGAGAAUGAAACCAACGACGGUGAUGAUGCAGUGUCAAUGAAACUGAGACCAACAGACUCAAAUAUCCCCAGGCCAUCAUCCUUCCAGAGAACCGCCAGUACGAUCACAUCCACCACACGCCAGCUUGAGCGUGUUGUUUCGAUAAUGUUUCGUCCUGGUGGAUCGGAAGGCUUUGAUACAAAGCCCCAAAAACGAUCACCCCAAGAGAAACCAUCCUACAAAGCGUUGGCACUUCCCAAUAUCUCCUCGCAAGCAUCCAUGGGCCGGAACUCACAGUUUUACAAUUUGACUACUGAAGACCGGGAGAGACUCGGAGGGAUUGAGUACCGGAGUUUGAAACUCUUGUUCAAAAUUGUCACGGCCUACUUCAUCGGGAUACACCUUUUCGGUGCUAUAUGUCUUGUGGGAUGGAUUCAGCAUGCCGAUCCGAAGUAUCGCGAGUACCUCGCUGAAUGUGGACAAGGUGAUGUGUGGUGGGGAUUCUACUCCGCUCAAACAAUGGUGAACAAUCUCGGCUUCACCCUGACACCAGACUCGAUGAUUUCCUUUCAAGAUGCAACGUUUCCACUGAUUGUCAUGAGCUUCCUUGCAUAUGCCGGAAACACCUGCUACCCAUGUCUGCUACGACUUGUGAUCUGGAUCAUGUACAAACUUUGCCCGGAGAAGUCAUCGAUGAAAGAGACGCUCAGCUUUUUGCUUGAUCACCCACGACGAUGCUACACACUGCUGUUUCCAAGUCGGCCCACAUGGAUUCUUUUUGGGAUCUUGUUCGCAAUGAAUUUUGUUGACGUUCUCUUGAUUAUCGUUUUGGAUCUGAAUAAUCCCGCGGUGAACAAUCUUGCUGCUGGGCCCCGCGUUCUCGCUGCCAUCUUCCAAUCGGCAUCUUCAAGACAUACAGGUACAUCUACCUUCAAUUUGGCGGAUGUCAGCCCUGGUGUUCAGUUCAGCCUUGUGGUCAUGAUGUAUGUGGCCAUUUUCCCUAUCGCUAUUAGCGUGAGAGCAUCGAACAUCUACGAAGAAACGACCCUGGGGGUGUACAUUAAAGAAAACGACGUGGAUGAAACGAACGGUCAAUCCUAUAUCAUGGCCCAUAUUCGGAAUCAGCUCACCUUUGACUUAUGGUACAUCUUCAUUGGGGUCUUUUUGAUCACAAUUGCCGAAGCAGGAAAGAUUUCAGACAACUCGAUUCCUGCCUUUUCAGUCUUCUCGGUUUUCUUCGAGGUAGUCUCAGCCUAUGGAAAUGUCGGCUUAAGUCUUGGGUAUCCGACAGUGAACACAUCCCUCAGUGGCAAGUUCACGGUCUUUAGCAAGCUUGUUGUUUGUGCGAUGAUGAUUCGAGGCCGUCACCGAGGACUGCCAUACAAGCUUGAUCGUGCCAUUGUACUCCCGAGCGAACGCCUGGUGGAAGACGAUACCGAGGAAGAUCCAAACCGGAGAAGAAGGCAAUUCCGACAAACACCUGUGAUCAAACGCUAUCAUACGAACUAG